AUGAUGGUCCCACGGGGGUUGCGCAGGGGUUUCCCCUUAGGGUCGCUAUUAUUUGUAGCCUUUCUUUUCCUCGCCCGCCCGGUGGCAGCAUCAAUUGGCGACCAGCUGCCCGAGUUUAGAGAAUGUGUCGAGAUAUGCAAACACGAAAACUGCGGCCCCGACGCAUCACACCAAACCUCCAUCCCCCUCCACCGACGCCUCCUCCUCUGGACCUGCCCCGCCGAAUGCGACUACACCUGCCAGCAAAUAAUCACCACCACGCGGCAAACCGGCACGACCCCAUCCCUCCCCGUCGUCCAGUUCCACGGCAAGUGGCCGUUCCGCCGCGUGCUGGGCAUGCAGGAGCCGCUGAGCGUGGUGUUCUCGCUGGGCAACCUGGCCGCGCACUACUACGGCCUGCACCGGCAGGUGCUGCCGCGCAUCCCCGCGGUGUACUCGAUGAGGCCGUUUUAUGUGUUCCUGGCGCGGCUGGGCAUGGUGACGUGGUUGUUGAGUGCCGUGUUUCAUACGAGGGAUUUUAGGGUUACCGAGAGGUUGGAUUAUUUUGCCGCGGGGGCGUCGGUGUUGUAUGGUAUGUAUUAUGCGGCGGUGCGGAUUUGGCGGUUGGAUCGUCCGGGCAAUGUGCGCGGGUUGAGGGGGUGGACGGCGCUUUGUGCGGUGCUGUACGCGUGCCAUGUCGCGUAUCUUGGGUUGUGGCGGUGGGAUUACACGUAUAACACGCUGGCGUGUGUGGUGUGUGGGGUGGUGCAGAACUUGUUGUGGAGUUGGUUUAGCUGGAUGAGGUAUCGGCAGACGGGCAAGACGUGGGCGCUGUGGCCGGGGUUGGUGGUGAUGUGGGUGGUGGCGGCGAUGAGCAUGGAGCUGUUUGAUUUCCCGCCGUUGUGGGACAGUGUAGAUGCGCACAGCCUGUGGCAUCUGGGGACGAUCCCGCCAGCGGUGCUGUUUUAUCAUUUCCUUGUGAAGGAUGCCCAGGACGAUCUUGCCCGCAGUGCGCGACUGAAGGCUUAG